UGAAACUGCACUGUACGAACGCUUUAUUUUGUCGAUUGCAAAAGAUACGAAACUAAACGCAACGUUCGAACAAAUUCUCGGCGAAUGAAAGUAUUAUAAAUCGAGUUUUGAAACUACAGGACACUGACAUGUUGCAAUUAAUAAAUCUUCCUGAUAUUGUUUUGGAGACGAUCCUGUCUAACCUUACAUACGACGAAAUUGCUCGAUACAGAAUCGUAUGUAAGCAGUUUGAUCGAAUAUGCAAGAAGCUACUGAACAGAGGUUUCAAUUUAAUGGAAAAAUAUCAUGCACAAUGUUUACGAGCUGUAAAACAUCAACUGCCACGAAGGGAAUCAGAAAGGAGAAGUCAUCCUUUGGCACGUCAUUGUGAUAUAUUGACAGCAAUUGAAACAAGAAUAUCUAUGUUAUCCAUGACUUUUAUCAAAUAUGUGGAUCUUAAUCUGUGUUGUUUUAUCCCUGGAAAGGUAAUUGAUGAAAUUUUUCGAGUUCUUCGUUUGAUUCGAGAUUCAAAAACUCCACCCAGAGCUCAUGAAAUACUUCAGGAGUUAAGAGAUAUCAGUAGCAUGGCUAUGGAACACUUUGAUGAAAAAAUCUUACCAGAUCUAAAACAUAGUAUUUGUACAUCUGUUGUCAGUAAUGUAGGUUCUUAUGAACUACCAAGUGGUAGCUUGAUGAUUUCUCAUCAUACUACAAAUCUAACUAAUACAACACUGCCACAUAAUUUUAAUUCAGAUCAGCUGAACCAAACCUUUAAAAAAAUAUACAGUCGCACUAAAAAGAAUAAAUUGUCUGUUUUGUCUAUGAAAGGUCAAAUAAGUAAAAUGAAACUUAGAAUGAAAAGGCAAGGCUUCCAAAUGAGAUUGCAAAGUUUGAAACUGCAAGAACAGGCAAAGAAAAUACAUGAUCAGGAUACACAAUUGGCAGAGAUGAGAAAACAUUUAGAAGAAUGGGAACAAAAAAUGGUCGACUUAACAGCUGGAUUAAGUCGUGCCAGAGAAGAAACACAAAAGCCUGAUUCUAUUGAGACUUGCAAAAGAAAAUUAAUAGAUCAAACGAAUGAAUUGCAAGCAAAAAGGUGUAAGUUGGUGAUAGAAACAUUGAAGUCAAUACUAUAG